AUGGAGCCCAUUCCUUCGGCUACCGACUCGCCCGCCCACUCCAGAGAUAAGCCGGCGGAGCCUAGAGUCCGUGUCGAUGAAUUACCGGCAUUGAUCCGAACACGCAGUGGAGGGUCUCCGAAUGCGACGUCUCUAUUACGCCGUGCCAACACGGUGGCACAGAGUGGGAAUAUCAUCAGGAGGAACCUCGAACUGAAGGCUACACGAGAAAGGACCGCCACGACCACGGGGUUACGGAUCAAAGGUAGUCAUGAACUGUUACAAAAGUCUCCGUUACAACGAUCCCAGACCCAGAUGCACCGGGGCCCGCUAGAAACACGCCCGGCCGGGCGUAAAGCAGGUCAUUUUACGGUUGGAAGUGUCGGCCAGAAUGGCAAGAUCUUUCUCAGGCCGGUUGCAAAUCCACCGCACAAAGGCCGCUCAAUAGUACCGUUCUCCCCCAUGGAUCAAGUCGUGACCGACGGUCUUCAGCCGCAGAAACAUGCGCAGGUUCGACAUGACCCAUCACGGUGGUCGAGUUCCCAGCUCUCUGAACUUCGCCCGCGUGGUGCCGCUGGCGACGAUACCGAGUCGGUCUCUUCCGAAGCCCCGUGGCCCGAGCCUACCAACCAUCCGCGCCAGCGAGCAAAUUCGUUCUCAACGAUUUCAGAACAGCCGUCAAUACUCGGCGAGGGAAAACGUGGAGAGUUGCGUAUUGUGAUUGACCGACCCGAAGAUCGACCCAAGUCUGCGGGCGAGAAAACCGGUCACUCCGCUUUGGAAGUCACCAUCCCUCAUUACCGGCUCGGGUCACCGCGAUUCAACGCUGAGGGGGGUGCGAUUCUACAUAGCUCCGUUUACACGCGGACCUCAGUGUCCGAUAAUUUCCGGAACUCGACCUUGCUGGGUGGUAUGGCUGACCCUUUGCCGACUCAUUUCCAAAGCGCAUACAGCAGAGACUCUUUUUCUUUCAACCGUCCCUCUUUUGCAGUCUCCUUAUUUUCCGGAACUGGGGCCAUAGAUCUCAGCCGAGCUUCCCCCAUACCGAGGAACUCGGUGGUCUACGAGUUGAAGGGACCUGUCGAGCCCUCUAUUUAUGAAGCUUUGGUGUCGGACAUGGAUAGUGAAUCUGUCGUGCGAUAUAUUCCCGGCACGAGAGAUAUCAGUGCAGCUACGCCUGCCCGCAUUGUUGCACAGAUCUCUUCCGAGUCGUUCAUGGAUUAUGAGCUGGUGUCAGACUUCUUCCUCACGUUCCGCUCAUAUCUCUCCCCAAGUCACCUGCUUGCCCUUCUUCUUGCACGUUUGAAAUGGGCUAUCAAUCGACUCCAGGAAGAUGGCCGCAUCAUCCGUAUUCGUACAUUUGCAGCCCUCCGCCACUGGAUCCUGAAUUACUUUGUGGAUGACUUCGUUGCAAACUAUGAUCUCCGGACUCACUUUUGUGAGACUAUCAAUACACUCUACACAGAGGUGAAAUCGCGAAAAAACGGCGGCAUGAGUGAUUUGAAGAUUCUCAUCGACUUGAAGCGGUGUUGGAAUGGCAAGUGCUCCGUCUACUGGACCGCUUCCGAGUUCUCUCGUGCAUACAACGAUCCCGAUACUCCGAUUGUUCCUGGAAGCAAUCAGAUUGAGCUGGUCCCCGCUGAUGCAGCUCAACCGGACAUUCCUCCUGAUGGAACGGUUCCCUCUGCGGAUACCAACUUCCGUGACAGCCUCCCUCCUUCUGCACAACACGACCGAAACAAUUCUGCUUCAACCGUACAGAGUAUUCCAUUCUCAAUCAAGAGCGAGCAAAGCCUAGUAGCCCUUUCUUGCUCUCUGCCUCCUAAGUCUCCUAAGCGCCUGUCCAUGCCUUACUCGAAAAGCAAGGCGCCGCGUCCAGUACCUUUAUCACUCACCAAAAGCACGUCUCCCCAUGAACCACCUCCUGCGUCGCCAAUGAAAUCACGGCAUCCCUUUCAUAGCCACGCGCACAAGAGAAGUGGUAGCUUCUCGGAUUCGGUGCGAGAUGAUCGAGUGCCUAUGUUCGGCAUGGAACUCGGCUCGGCGGGGCCUGCUCCGCAAGAGAUUCUCGACCCUGUCAGCUUCAUCCGCGGGGCACUAUAUCCUCCGGCAGAGUCGUACAUGGCAAUGAUGGCUCCAGACUCGCCGCCUUUGGCUCCACCCUCGAACUCAUCCAAUCCUGAUCGACGAAGCAUUCCUGACGGCGGUUCCAAAACGGGACCAUCGAACUCUGGAGUGAGGACUAUUAUUGGGUCUAUAAAACGAGUACUUCACACAAGAAAUGGCGGCCAAAGUGUUUCUGCUCGGAUUGCGAAUGCUUCUGAGGCUAUCUCCUUGCCUUCGCGUGGGAAGACAUCUGCCAUGCCUAAUCAUAUUGCUUUGGGAUCGGAAUUUUAUCGCGAAAGGAAGAUGGCUGCCAUCCCCAAGCGGCCAGCCCGGAUAGACAUACUCUGCGAUGAAGCUUUGAAACAAUACCGCCAAGUCAUGGGUUCAAACGAAGCUAAGAGAGAGGCGACUCAGCAGAUACCCACUGCCCCUGGUCUGCAAAACACCUUGCAGAAUUCUUCUGCAGACGCCCUUGAUCCGUCAUAUCUUGAAACCCCCAAGGCGGAUGGCUCAAAAAAGAAGAGCGGACUAACUACAGGCAGCGGAUCCAUUGUCAUUGUUGAUGAUACUAGGUUUGAUCUGCCUGUCAUGUCAGGAGCCGUGCAGGGAGCUGAGCCUGCCGCCAUGAAUCCUCAUGUUCGAUCCGAUUCCGACAGUAAGAUGAUGUCAAGUAUGUUGGAUGUCCAAUCCCAGAAAUCAGUACCGAGAGAGGGCGAAUACUUGCUCCCAAUCUACUACAAGGGCGAGGGCCCAGAAAGCAAUACUCUGCACCCAGCCCCCUCAAUCAAAUCUGGCUCUUCUUUGCAACGGCAGUCCUUCUCGAACGAACGCCAGUCUACGCCCAACAAACAGAUGUCGCUUUCUCUCCGGCUCCGAAAGUAUGCCUCCUUCCAGAGUGGGAUUUCCAAGCAUCGUCUGUCGAUAAAUAGCGAUGCCAGGAAGUCCAUUGCUGGCUCAGUUGCUACACAAGAACUCACAGAUAGGUCGAUCGUUCCAUCACUUCGUCGACGACCUGGGGGUAACUUGCGCCAGAUGCAGUUUGUGGAUGAACUGGAGCCAGGGUCUGGCCACGGAUCCUUUGUGUCCGCUCGCUCCUAUGAUGACUCUCUAGCGGAGACAGCAACCACAGCUAAUGACAUGGCUGAGCGCCCACCGUCAGCCCUAAUUCCUUCAAACCCUCAAUUUUCUUUAACCCAGGGGGGAUCGAACCGAAACUUGCGGCGCUCUUUUGAAGCAGCCAUUGCUCGUUUUGCACAGAUUCCUGAUGACGAUGAUGGAGGCAUUGAGUCAACGUUGCUCAAGCUCGAGGGCAAGUGGAGAGGCCCGUGUGACGACCGCGAGACUAGCGAACAGGAUGAAAACUCUCGUGUUGGUGGCGAAAGGCAUGAGAGACCUGGCUGGGAAGUUCUUUCUCGGCGGCGACAGACGGAUAAGUCGACCUACUCUACCGUUGAAGGGAGACUUGCGCCACCCAGACCCUACUCGGAUUCCGUGGCCGAGUCUGAGGAGUCGUACAAUUCUAUACCUCUUCUCGAGCGAGGACUGACGGACGAGUCGAUGAAGCGGCCACUUACAGAUCUUACCCACGUCACCCAUACUCACGGUGCUCCUCUCAGUCUCAUAUCUAGCCGGGACACUUCUGAAUUGGCAUCAUCACACCCAUCAAUUCAGAUCAUCCAAGAGACCGAAAGCAUGCGACGCAUCCCCCGCGGGUCAACGAUUCCUGAGGCUGGCGGGCAGCACACUCCCAAGCGCCUGUCCGCCUUGUCCUCAGAAUUAUCCGUUGACAUGAUUGAUUCUCGCGAAGCCAUGGACAACCGCCUGUCUACGGGUACUCGCAGCCUGACUGCUUCGACUGUUGACAUCCCACCUCACCCCCUGGCACAUCCCCCGUCUCCUCCGAUGACUAUUCAGCAUCCCGGUUCGUUCGGUUCCAUUGCUUCGCCAAUGGAUAAGGUGCGGUUCCAGCCCCAGCCUCUCACGCCAGAUACCUCUCCCAGGCACCGGGACCUGGAAUCUCCCUAUACUCGAAAUAGAAACGUUCCGCAGUUCUCGACUGACGUUCUUUCCAAUUCGGAGAAACACCGUCCUGCAGAACUAUCUCUGAGUGAAAUCGGCCCGGAUCACGUUCCUUUCAUCCUCGCCUGUGGGUCUCAAGUGCUUGCUCAGCAGUUGACUUUGGUUGAAAUGGCUGCAUUGAGUGAAGUUGAUUGGCGAGACUUGGUCGAAAUGAAGUGGAGCAGCGCAUCGCCGUCCAUCCUUAACUGGGUCCAAUAUCUUUCUACUGAGGAACGCAAAGGCAUUGAUCUGGUAGUUGGCCGCUUCAAUCUCAUGGUGAAAUGGGUGGUGUCGGAGAUUGUUCUGACACGUGACAUUCAUGAACGAGCCCGCACCAUCAUCAAGUACAUCCACACCGCCGCUCAUGCGCGUCGCCUCUGCAACUAUGCUACAAUGCUCCAGGUCGCCAUUGCUUUGUCUUCGUCUGAUUGUACUCGGCUGCAGAAAACCUGGCAGCUGAUUCCCCAGGAAGACAAGCGGCUGUUCAAGGACAUGGAGUGUUUGAUACAGCCCGUGCGCAACUUCCAUGAUCUCCGUGUUGAAAUGGAGACAGCUAAUUUGCAAGAAGGCUGUAUUCCCUUCAUUGGUCUGUACGUGCACGACCUCACCUAUAAUGCGCAAAAGCCAGCCCAAAUCCAUAGCCACAGUGGCGGACUAUUGGUCAACUUCGAGCGUUAUCGCACAGCCGCUCGCAUUGUCAAGAACCUGCUUCGUUUGAUCGAUGCUAGCGCGAAAUACCGUUUCGUGCCUGUUCAAGGCAUUAUCGAGCGAUGCUUGUGGAUCGCAUCUCUCUCCGAAGAGGAUAUCCAACUACGCAGCAAACGACUUGAAUAA